AUGACUGAUCUCCAGAUUUGCGAGACCGACGGUAUCGAAGAGUUGAGCGACGAGGAAUCCCCGAACACUGGCUGCCGCCGCCGCCGCCGCCGCCUUGUAGUUGUAAAAACGCUUUGGCGCGGUUGCCAUAACGAUAUCAAGGCGGCGUUUGCCCGCGAGGCUACAUGGGGCGCAGGCCUCAAGCACCCUCAACUUGCGAGAGUCCUUGGUUUGAGCCUGCUAGAACCCCCAUGCGCAGCACUCGAUCGCGGCGAAGCUGCACCUCUCCCGACGAUCCUCAAAAUGAACAGGAAAUUGAAUUAUUCGAGUUUGAUUCACAUAUGCUGUCAGAUAGCAGCAGGCAUGAAAUAUCUGGAAUCAUUCGAGUUAAUACACCGAGAUCUCGCGGCACGCAAUGUUACCGUGACAGAAGAACUGAAUGUUAAGAUAUCCGACUACGCAAUGUUCUGUGAGGAGUUUACCUGCGAUUACCACAUCAGGGCGGACGGCUGUCGCUUCCCACUACGCUGGAUGGGCUGGGAAAGUUUACUGAUGGGAAUGUAUUCUCCAGCUAGCGAUGUCUGGUCAUUUGGCGUCACUGUAUGGGAAGUACUUACUUACUGCGCUGCAAAGCCUUUCGAAGAAAUGGAUGAUGAACAAGUGGUAGCGAAUGCCAGCGAAUGGCGUCGCGGCGGACGCGGCGCUCGUGUCCCAGCGGCACCACCGCCGCGUUGCCGCCGCGAACUCUACGAUCUCAUGCACGAAUGCUGGCGCCGCGAGCCGGAACAGCGGCCCCGAUUCUACGAUCUCCAUCGCUUCCUAGAGCGCAUGACCCACGGCUACAAACCACCUCCCAUGCAUUAA